CAGCACUUUCCCCCUCGCUUCCCAUUGCAAUUCCCAUGGCUGCGCGACCCUAGCCAAGUGCAUUAUUAUUGCUCCUCCCUCCCCUCGACACCUCCUCCCCUGUUUCAACUUCGCUUCGCUUUAGCUCAAGCCCUGUUUCCGCCGCCGAAGCGAUGGAGGCGGGAGACCCUCACGUGGAGGCCGCCGUGCUCUGGCUGGCGCAGACCAUCCUGGAGGUCCUCUUCGCCGGCGGGAUGGAGGAGUGGAUUCGCCAGGUUGGGCUCGCCGACGACACCGAGAGGCUCAAAUCCGAGAUCGAGAGGGUGGAGGCGGUGCUUGCUGCCGUGAAGGGGAGGGCGGCGGAGAACAGGCCGCUGGCCCGGUCGCUCGGUCGCCUCAAGGAGCUGCUCUACGACGCCGAUGACAUGGUCGACGAGCUCGACUACUACAGGCUCCAGCACCAGGUCCAGGGAGGUACGAUUGCUUUGGAUAAUCAGCCCCAAGGCACGGAUCUACAUGGUGGAGCACAACUAGUUGAAGGAUCGAGGGACAACUCUGGCAUACCGAAUAGAAACGACCGCAAGAAACGGUCCAAGGCAUGGGAGGAUUUCAGCAUAACUGAAGAAGACGCUGAUGGAAAGCCUGUGAAAGCAGAGUGUAUUUACUGCCACACAGUGGUUAGAUGCGAGACUACUAAAGGGACAUCAGUUCUGCACAAUCAUCUCAAGAGUGAGAAUUGCAAGAGAAAACGUGCUGCAAUUGAACAAACGCCAAUACCUUCAAGUGCGGACGUUGGUGCACAAAAUGGUACCACCAUUUCGCCUCAUGAUUCAGAUAGAAGAAAAAGAAUGAGAAGUGAUGAGGUGUUAGCACACAACACUGCAGCUAACACACUCCUCUGGGACAAGGCAGAAAUUUGCAACAGAAUCCAACAAGCAACUCAUCAGUUAGAAAAGGCUAUCAGUGAGGUUCAGAAGCUACAUGGAUUGGGCUCUGUUCCAAGUUGGAAUCUCUAUCAGAAUACAGCUGCAGAUCCGUGCCGAAGAACAUCAAGUCUUAUUCAAUGCAAAAUGUACGGGAGAGUUGAUGAGAAGAACUCCAUCAUAGAGCAUAUGAGAGGAGACAAGCCUGACAGUGUGGCUGUUCUUCCUAUUGUUGGCAUUGGAGGUAUUGGGAAGACAGCACUCGCUCAAAUCAUAUAUAAUGAACCGAAUGUGAAAAGCCUGUUUGAUUACAGAAUAUGGAUUUGGGUGUCAAGCAACUUUGAUGAAGUGAGACUUACAAUGGAGAUGCUAGAUUUUGUUUCUCACGAAACGUGUGUAGGUAUAAGCUGCUUGGCUAAACUUCAGGAGAUCUUGGUCACUCAUGUCACAUCAAAGAGGACACUACUCAUUUUAGAUGAUGUCUGGGACGACAUCGAUGAUUCCCGUUGGAAUAAACUGUUGGCCCCUUUGAGGUCGGACAACGCGAAGGGCAAUGUGAUUAUUGUGACUACUAGAAAAUUAUGUGUUGCAAAAAGGAUAGGCACGCUCCUACCUUUUGAGUUAGAUAGUUUGCAGAAUGAAGAUUUCUGGCUGUUAUUCAAAGCAUGUGCAUUUGGUGAUGAAAAUUACAAAGAGCACCCAUGUCUAACCAUCAUUGGUCAGCAGAUAGCAAAGAAUUUACAUGGUAACCCAUUAGCAGCACAAACUGCAGGGAUGCUUUUAAGAGAGCAGCUUACAAUUGACCAUUGGAGUAACAUUCUAAAGAAUGAAAAAUGGAAAUCCCUCCAACUCAAUGGAGGCAUCAUGCAUGCUUUGAAAGUUAGCUACGAUGAGCUGCCCUACUGUUUACAACAAUGCUUCUUGUAUUGUUCUAUAUUCCCCCAAAAUCAUCAGUUUCUUAGCAAUGAGCUGGUCUGUACUUGGAUCUCGCAGGGAUUUGUGAAAUGCAGCCAUUGGACUAAGAGAUUGGAGGAGAUAGGGCAGAACUAUCUCACUGAUUUGCUGAACUCUGGCUUCUUUAAGCAGGUUGAUACUAAAGAUCCAACAUUAUAUGUUAUGCCUUCUCUUAUGCAUGACUUUGCAAGGCUAGUUUCAGGAACUGAAUGUGCAGUUAUAGAUGAUCUAGCAUGCAGAGAAGUACUCCCAACUAUACGCCAUUUGUCAAUUCUAACUUAUUCCGCAUACCAUGAAGAUCAGCAUGGGAACAUACUUCGUAUUGAGAGGUUUGAAGAAAAUUUGCGAAGAGUAGUUAAUUCAACGAGAAAAUUGAGGACGUUGGUCUUAAUUGGGAAGUAUGACCACUUCUUCCUCCAAUCCUUGCAAGGCAUACUCCAGAAAGCACAAAACCUACGGAUGCUGCAAAUUUCUGCAGCAUAUGCACGCUUUGGUUAUUCUGCGUGCAAUUUGGUGAAUUCUACUCAUGUUCGAUAUCUAAAACUUAGGGGCAAUGAGGACAGUGAAGUUUUGCCUGAAGCCCUGAGCAAAUUCUAUCACCUUCAAGUAUUAGAUAUAGGCUUGGAUAGAUAUUCUACUGUACAUAAUGGUAUGAAUAACCUUAUCAGUCUACGGCAUCUUGUUGCAUCGAAGGCAGUGUACUCUUCGAUCAGUAGCAUUGGUAAAAUGACUUCUCUUCAGGAACUGCAUGACUUUAAAGUUGAAAAGUGCAACAGCUUUGAGAUAGCACAGCUUCAAUCCAUGAGUGAGCUUGUUCAGCUUGGUGUUUCUCAACUUGAAAAGGUUGUAACUAGAGAGGAGGCAUAUGGAGCAAAACUGAGAGAGAAAAGUCGCUUGGAAAAGUUGCACUUGUCAUGGGGGUAUACUUUGUCAGUGGAUGACUAUAUUGCCAUGCAUGAGACUUCUAUUGAGGCAGUAGUAACGGGGACAAGCAAAGAGAUGGUUGAGGGUCUCGAACCACAUCACAACCUAAAGCAUCUUCAGAUUUCUGGUUAUGGCAGUGGUACCUCCCCAGAUUGGCUUGUUAGAACUGUCUCAGUUACCGGUUUGCAGACACUUCAUUUAGAGGAUUGUAGGGAAUUACAAGUACUUCCCUCACUAGAAAGGCUUCCACUCCUUACAAAGCUGAAGUUGAAGAAUAUGGGGAAAGUAAGACAAGUAAAAGUUCCUUCCUUGGAGGAGCUGGUGCUUACUGAGAUGCCAGAGCUGGAGAGUUGCUCCUGCAGUUCAGUGAGAGACUUGAACUCGAGCUUAAGAGUACUGCUGAUCGAGAGAUGCCGUGUAUUGAAGGUGUUUCCUCUGUUUGAGAGCUGUGCAAAUCUCAUAAUUGAGCAAAAGUCAUGGUUGUCCGGUCUUAGCGAGCUUACCGUCGAUGACUGUCCUAAUUUAGCAAUAUCACAUACUCUACCACCUUCAAGCACUGUUUGUAGAUUAUCCAUCACCGGAGUUUCAACACUUCCAGAGAUGAAGGGUUCAACCAAUGGAGAAUUGGAAAUUACGGGGUAUCGUAACCCUGGAUGGGAUAUUUUUUCCGGAAGUCCUGAUAAGCCAACGCAGCCGGAUGACAAUUUUUGGCCAUUCCAUCAUCUCAGGGCAUUAACUAGCUUGCAACUAGAAAAUUGCCUGGACCUUUUCUCUCCAGAUGUUUUGGCAGUGCAAGCACGUGAAGACAUGGCAGACGCGAAUUUCAAUGCCCUCCCAUCUCUCAAGCGCCUCGGGAUUUGUGAUUGUGGAAUAACUGGGAAGUGGCUAUCUGUGAUGCUGCGACAUGCACCGGCCCUAGAGGAAUUACAUUUGGUUGGUUGUAACCAGAUAUCAGGACUGUUGAUGGGAGAGACAGAGAGCCGUUCAUUAAGUCACACCCCAACUCCACGGGCUUCAUCAGCUAGUAAUCCAGAUGGUGCGUCGACAAGCUCAACAUCAAAGGGACUCCUGCGCAUUCCAUCAAAUCUCAUCCCUUGUCUCAAGAAAAUAAUUAUUGUGCGCUGCGGUGAGCUAACAUUUCAGGGGGACAAGGAUUGCUUCUCUGGAUUCACCUCCCUUGAAAAGCUAACAAUUUGGGGAUGCCCCAAGCUGAUCUCAUCUUUGGUGCACAAAUACGAAAACAGCGACCAGCGGAACGGAAGAUUGCUUCUCCCGCAUUCACUUGUCGAACUUGAUAUCCGCGAUUGUUCCCUAGAAGCGCUGCAGCUCUGCUUCCUAGAAGAUCGCAACUGCCUCAAAAAGUUACAAAUACACAUCGGCCCAAGUCUGAAAUCGCUACGGCUACAUUCCUGCACAACACUGGAGGAGUUGGUGGUUGCUAGUUGUGCAUCGCUCCGCGUGCCAGAGGGGAAUUUCACGUGCCUCAAGAAAUUAGUGCUGGACGACAACCCAGGGUUAGAAUGGCUACAGCUGUAUUCCUGUACAGCACUGGAAAGUUUGAUGAUCGAAGAUUGUGCAUCACUCGCCACGCUAGAGGGGAAUUUCACCUGCCUCCGGGAAUUAGAACUGCGGGGAAACCCAAUGCUGAAAUCGAUACAGCUGCGUUCCUGCACAGCCCUGGAGGAGUUGGUGGUUCAUGGUUGUGAAUCGCUCGAUGCGCUAGAGGACUUCCGGUGCCUCAGGGGUCUCAGGUAUUUGGACGCAUUCGGCUGCCCUGGCUUAUCUCAUUAUCUGGAGCGCCUGUCAAGUCAGGGCCGCUAUGGGGUGUGCGCUGGACUGGAAAGGCUUGUCACCGAUGAUUACUCUUUCCUCGCCACGUCAUUCUGCAAGUGCCUCACCUCCCUUCGACGCCUAGAGUUUCGCCAAUGUUUGGGGAAAGUGUGGAGACUAACAGAUGAGCAAGACAGUGCGCUCCAGCUCCUCACGUCCCUGCAGGAGCUCCUAUUUUGGAAUUGCCGCGACCUUGCAUAUCUUCCUGUGGGCCUGCACAGCCUUUCCUCACUCAAGAGGUUGGAGAUCUAUCAUUGCUCGAGUGUCUCAAGGCUCCCAGAAAAGGGCCUCCCACCUUCGCUGGAAGAACUGGUGAUCUUUCAUUGCACCGAGGAGCUAACUGAGCAAUGCAGAAUGCUAGCAAAAACAAGGAGCAAACCAAGGGUCGAAAUUGAUUGGAAAUAUGUGAACUGUGGUUAAGCAUAUUUGUCUACCAGCACAGCGGAUUUCACUUCGUUGCCUUCUAAGGCAUUCAAGCUUCGGUACGUUCCACUACUACGAUCGACCGUCUUCUGGAUCAACCUCAUGCAAAACUGCAUGUUGUUCAAGAAAGCAUUCACUCGUCCCCGUCUCUUCGGGAUCACUUGUUGCAGGGCUCAUGUUUGCCAGAUAAGAGGCCAGGUAUGGACGUGUGGUUCUUUCUUGCCCCGAAACAUAAAAAAACUGAAUUUCUCGUGCCAGAUUCUACAAGGACCUCACGGGUUCAUAUUGCUGAAUGCUAAUUAUUUUUUUUCACAAUUUGCGCCUCAUCCCUUUGUAAGCAAUGGAAUUGCAUUGAUCGGUGAAAAAGCACUUGCUGCACAACUAUUUUAGCAGAAAUUCCAACGGUGCAUCUGCACAUUUUACUGGCA